AUGGCAACACGUGGUAGGCAAAAUUGGACCUACGUGCCAUGUGAUUUUCUAAACACGUAUGCAUUUCAAACAGUCCGCCGUGACUGUAUCACUGCCCCCCCCCCUCCUCUUUCUCCGAACCGAUACCCUCGUCUAGGAACUCAGUGGUUCAGCUCAGGAGCUGGCUCCGCCACUCGGACUGAGUUCCCUGGCGAGAAUGCGUACGGUAUCUUAGGAGUUGCCGAGACCACUUCGUUCGCUGAAAUCAAAGCUUCAUUUCGUAAGCUGGCAAAACAAACACACCCUGACCUUGCUGAGUCGAAGAACGAUUCAUCAGAGUCUUCGAAAAAUUUUGUCCGGAUCCUCGCUGCUUAUGAGCUACGCUAA